AUGAAUAAUUAUGAAAUAAUAAAAAACUUUAUAAUAUAUAAUAAAAGAAAAAGCUCAGGUACAACGGUAGAAACGAAAAAGAUAAAGGAAUACAGCAGAGAUAGGCCCCAAAUUCUCGAUCUUGUUGAUCAUGUUGAGGGAUUAAACCCGAGUGUUGGUGGAAAUGACUCCAUGAAUGGCACAAACCAUAACACGAACAAUAACACUAGUCGUGGAUGCGGUUACUUGAGGAGAAGGGAAGAGCUAAGUGAGCUGAAACAAAUCGUAGAAAAAAGGAAUAAGGGAAAUGCCGGACAUAACAAAGGAACAUAUAGAUUGGAAGGGAGAGAACAUGGUGAAGAUAUUAUGGAGGAAAAGAGAGGAGAGUUUCAGAAAAACCAAAUGGACAGAAUAAAGGAGGAUGGUGCGCAUAGUUACAGAUAUGAAGAAGAAAAUAUUUCUGAUGAGGAAGAAGAAAAACAAUAUUUAACAUACUGCGAUGAUGGAUAUCUCAGGAGUGUACUAAAGAAUGCUGUGAUAAGCUCAAGCUUGCGUGUUUUCCUAGGAACAAAGGUAAUAUCGUUUUUGAAUGAAGAGGAAAGAUGUAUUUGCUCCUUAACAUGUAAGCUACUAUUUUUCGAAGUAUACUCUUUGAGUAAUUUAAAAAAUUUAUACAAAAAUAGAUUUAUUAGCAAUGAAAAAAGAAGCUUUGUAUGGAAAGCGAUCCUACUAGCGGAUAAUACCUAUAUGAGUGAGGAAGCAUAUACGAAAUUAAAUAAUAUAAAUAGUAGUUAUGAAAAAAUAAUUGAAAAAGAUAUUGAUAGGACAUUUCCUAGAAAUCCUUCUUUUUUAAAUAAAGAAGAAAACAUGCAAAAUAAAUUAUUGGACAUAUUAAAAAUAUGUUCUUUAUAUUUUAAACGUAUAGGUUACUGCCAAGGUAUGAAUUACGUUGCUGCUAUAUUUUUAUUAGUUUUUCAAAAUAAAUUAGACACAGUAAGAUGUUUUAUUGCUUUAUUAAAAAAUUUUAAUUUAAAAGGAAUGUUCAUAUAUAAUUUUCCACAAUUAAAAAAAAUUAUGUACCAAUUAAAUAUUUUGAUAAAAGCUUAUAUACCAAAAUUAUUUUCUUAUUUUAAGAGAAAAAAAAUUAAAAUAGAUUUCUUUUGUACAAAUUGGUUUAUGACGUUAUUUUCUCAAGACUUAAGCUUUGAAAAUACUCUUAAAUUAUGGGAUAUAUUUUUUUUAUUUGGCCUCAAAAUUUUAAUAAAAUUAAGUCUAGCGAUUUUGCAUCAUCAUCAAAAACAAAUCCUUACCUUGUCAUAUGAUGAAGCGUUAACUUUUUUAAAAUCAAUUACAAAAUUGCCUUUUACCAAUUAUUUAUUUGAUGAAAAGAAUUUUUUUAUCUACAUAAAGAAGUUUAAAGUGACUAACAGAAUUUUAAGACAAAUAAUUCUUCUUAAAAAAAAUCAUGAAAAAGUUGAAAUACAAGUUAAAAAGAGUUAUGACAAGGUCAGGUGUUCUCUUUUGUUAAGAACGAGUUCAAAAGAGCGACAAAAUACAGAUAAGCUAAAGGAUGCACCUUCGGAUAAUUUUAUGGACAAAUUUAUGGACAAGUUUAUGGAUAAAUUUAUGGAUAAAUUUAUGGACAUGUUUAAAGGGAGUAACUACAACGCAUUUAACUCGAAUAGCAGACGAAAUAAUUGUGUUAACAUUGCUGCUUAUAAUGGUGGUAUCCCCAAAGAGAGAAGUUGUAAGAACGUAUCAUGUACUAGUUAUUACAACAGUUAUAACAUGCACCCACUGAAUUGUGCCAACUUUUUUCACGACUCGACAUACUUGAACGAUUUCAUGAUCGACAGUCAGUGCCUUAGUCUCAAUUUUAAUAACAAUAUUUUAUGCGGUAAUAGUGAAAAAAUAAAAUACAGAAAAAAAUAUACCUUCCAGGGGGAUAAGCAUAAUUAUAGUGGCAAACAUAAUAGUAAUGAUAGCAGUAGACAUAAUAGUAAUCGUAGCGAUAGAAAUAAUAGUAAUCGUAGCGAUAGACAUAAUAGUAAUCGUAGCGGUAGACAUAAUAGUAAUUGUAGUAGUAGACAUAAUAGUAAUGAUAGCUGUGGUCAUAAUAGUAAUGAUAGCGGUGGUCAUAAUAGUAAUGAUAGCGGUGGUCAUAAUAGUAAUGAUAGCAGUGGUCAUAAUUGUAAUCGUAGUAAUCAUAGUAGCAAUAGUAAUAUGGAGGAACAGAUUGCAGCUAAAAGAGAGGAUGACAAUGCCUUUAUGGAAACAAACACGUACUACGAUUUUAAUUUAACGAAAUAG